GCCACGCCAAGCUCCAGAGGGGAAGAUUUUUGGCAAACACUUUGUUGCCUCAUUCAUUCACAAGCCGGUCAUUACUCAUGUCGACGCAGCAGAACGUGGCGUUGUCGGCGAAAUGCGCGGCGUGGGCGCAGGAGCGGCGUCCGUUCACGCACCCGAUCGAGAUCCCGGCGGCCUCCGGCGCGCGGGAGGACCGGGGAGCGAGCCGCCAAAGGGAGCAGGAGGAGGAGGACGCCGGCGAAGUGGUGCCGCCGCACGAGCUGAUGGCGCGGCGCAGGGCGGCAUUCUCGGUGUGCUCCGGGCAGGGGCGGACGCUCAAGGGCCGGGACCUGACUCGCGUGCGCGACUCCGUCCUCCGCAUGACCGGCUUCAUCGAGGGCUAGCUAGUUGUUGUUGUGUGCGUGCUGCUGUCACGACACGACUGCUCGAUCGGUUGAUUGAUUCGCUUUAAAUUUGUGGAACCAGAUAGGAAUGGCGAGGCAUUUAUUUUAGAUUUUCUUCCAUCGGUCGAUCUCAUUAAUUUGUAAAAUUUGUUGGGAAAGCGAGGUGAGAUUAAUUAUAUUAAUCCGUCGAUGUAAGCGUACACAGUGGAGUAUAUAUGCAACAUGUACGUACGGUCAAAUGCAAAUGCAAAUGCGAAUGUGGUUUGGUGAUGUAAGAGUA